CAGAAGUUGCCUGCACAUUUGAAAGCCCUGGUUUCACAUGUCUGUUUCCCCUGUCCUCAACAUUUACUGUAUGCUCAGAGAGAGUGUUAGAGUGAGCGUGAUAAGGCGAUAGGACGGGUGUCAAUGAGAGAAAUCGCAAAGGUAAAGAGAGAUUUAUCUGAAAGUGAGAGACGAACUGACUGUGACUGACUCAACAUUAUCUCAACAAACGCAUCACUUGAAAAGCCAUAGGAUACUGAGAAGACAGAGAUGAGGGCUGUGGCAGUCACCCUCUGGGCUGUGGCUGCGUUAAUGGGAGUCCAUCAGUGCACCCCCUCCUCCUCAGAAAUCCACACCAUUAUUGUCAACCUCUCCUCCAAAAACAUAUCCUCUGUUCCCAGAAACCUACCUCCAUGCACCGAAGCCCUGGACCUCUCCCAGAACAACAUACACAAACUUGGCCAUGAGGAUUUCCAAGUUACAACUCACCUGAGAUUCCUCAACCUUUCUUGGAAUGUCUUGGAGGAUAUUGAUCCGGAGACGUUUCAUCCCACUCCGCUCCUGGAGAGUCUGGACCUCUCACACAACCAGCUCCAGAACCUAUCUGAUCAACGGUACUUGCUGUUAGCGCUGAACCUCAGAGACCUAGAUCUGACCUUUAACAUGUUCCACACCAUGACCCUGGGGGUGGAGUUCCACAGCCUGACGAAGCUGGAGAGACUGGGGCUCGGAGCAAAAAUCAUCAGGGUGGAGGAUUUCAUCAACAUCACUGAUGUACACCUGCAAACUUUGACCCUUCGUCUGGAGAAUCUCACAGCCUAUGAGAGCGGCAGCCUGAGUGACGUCCAGGCGGAGAAGGUCAGCAUCGGCCUGACGAACAAACCCACCGAUCGAAAUCUGAUCGCAGACGCCCUGUUGAUGUUCGACAAGGUUGAGCUGAUGGGUAUGAACAUCAAUGGCUACCACAGUUACCUGGUGGAACUUGUGAAGGAGAAAAGGGCAGUCAACACCACACAUCUUUACCUGACAAAUAUGGCCAUCACCUGGGAGCACCUGACAAACACCAUAAACGCCUUGUUGCAAUCCCCCAUCAUCCACCUGAGCACUUCAGACGUGGCCAUCCACAUCCCACCUUCGAUUGACACCCCAGGAAGAAACACGUCCCACACUAAAUCCUUCUCUGCCAGGCGAGCGGGGGUGGUUAGCUUUUUCUUCUCCCUGGAAGCCCUCUGUAACUUCUUCAUCAACAUGCCGGUGGAGCGCCUGGCGAUGACUGAGACAUCCAUCAUACACAUGACCUGCCCCAAGUCACCCAGCGGGAUACUGCAGCUAGACUUCUCAGAUUGUGCCUUGACUGAUACGGUCUUCUCCAGAGUAGAACAGCAAGUCACUGUAGAGUGUACAACCCUGAAUAAAGUAAACAUACUGGUUCUGAGAGGGAACAACCUCAGGUGCCUUCAAACCCUGAGCAAGAGGGUCCAGAACAUGAUCUCUCUGCGUCACCUGGACCUCAGCCUCAACUCGUUGGUUUACAGCGGCCAGGAAUGCCACUGGCCACCGAACAUUGUCCACCUGAACCUAUCUUCCAAUGGGCUGAGUGAGUCGGUAUUCAGCUGCCUGCCGAAUGGCACCGCCAGCCUGGACCUCCAGAACAACCAGAUCUCCACUGUACCAGAGACCCUGCUGGCCCUGGACUCCCUCCUGGCCCUGGACCUGAGUGCCAACCGGCUGAGGGACCUCCCGGUGUGCACUGGAUUCCCACACCUUAAGUAUCUCCUUCUCGGGGAAAACUCCCUCCAUGCCCCAUCUGUGAGCUUUCUGGAGACUUGCCCUGUUCUACAGGUUCUAGAUGCUGGCCGAAACCCCUUCACCUGUACGUGUGGCCUGAGGGGCUUCAGGGAUCUGGGUGCUGGGACUGGCCUGGGCAGCGGACACUCUGCAAUCCAAGUUCUCCACUGGCCAGGAGCCUAUCGCUGCAGCUAUCCCGAAGCCUGGAGGAACUCCACACUGGAGGGCUUCCAGAUCCCUGAGAUCUCCUGCAAUGUCGGCCUUCUGGCAACGGCCAUCUUGUGCCCUGCAGUGGCUAUUAUCAUUAUUAUGGUGACUCUGUGCCACCACCUGGACGUUCCGUGGUACCUGGGCAUGAUCUGGCAGUGGACCCGGGCAAAGCACCGUGCCAGGAACCAGCAGGUCCGGCCCGAGGAACUGGAGGGGGUGGUGUUCCACGCGUUUGUGUCCUACAGCCAGCAUGAUGCAGACUGGGUCAAGGGCCAGCUCUUGCCUAAUCUGGAAGGCUCCGGCGGGGGCCUCCACAUCUGCCGCCAUGAGAGGGACUUCGUCCCGGGGAAGACGAUCGUGGAGAACAUCAUCCAAUGCGUGGAGAGGAGCCGGCGCUGUGUGUUCGUCCUCUCUCACCACUUCGUCCGGAGCGAGUGGUGCCACUAUGAGCUGUACUUUGCCAGCCAUCAGCGGUUGACUCGAGGGUCUGACAGUGUAAUCCUGGUGCUCCUGGAGCCUCUGCCUCAGUACAUGAUCCCCUCCAAGUACUAUCAGCUAAAGGCCAUGAUGGGCAGACACACCUAUCUGGAGUGGCCCCAGGACAGGGGCAAGCACAGGCUGUUCUGGGCCAAUCUCAGGGCUGCACUGCAGGCUGACCUGCCCACUGCACCUGUACGAGACGACAUGGAUGAGUGAGAGGGAGAGAGAAAAUAAGAUAAAUUGGGGAAGAAAAAUAUUUAUAUAUAUUUUUAAUGUUAUCUAGAAAUAUCAAAAAUACGCUCACAUUUGUCAACUUUUCAGCAAUCUCACAAUUAUUUAGAACCUCUUUUUUUAUAUACACUUCAUAAAAUGCUGCCUGAUGACUAAAAAUUAGUUAUUCCGCUGCUCUAUCAUUCACUACAGUCAUUUGUGGUGACGUCAAAAUGAGGGGUGUUGUACAAAACUGAGUCAUCAGCGAUUGGAUCAUCUCUAACCAAUCUGAGUAUCAAAGCCAAUGACAAAUUUUCAAACACCGCUUUACGCACGUGUGUUCUGGCUCUGGCCCAACCCAUUGGUUUUUGGGACCAAUCCAUUCCAGAAAUCGUUGUAGAGGUACUCAAACCAGUCUCAUUGUGGAGAAGAAAAUAAUGUCCGUGGGCGUGCCAUAGCGUUUGGCCGGAGCAAAGAGUUUGGGUAGCCAGGCAACACAAAAUGUUCAAAAAAGGAAAAAUAAACAAAAAGUAUCAAGACAGCCAAUGGCAGACAGAGAGCAAAUACCACAGACACAGUAGACCAAUCCCUGUUAAGUAUCCCCAGAAACAGAAUCCUUCCCAAGUACAGAACCUUCUCAUGUUAGCAAGAACAUCCUUUGAAAGUCAUUAUCUAAUUUUAAGGCAAGUAGUACAACAAGGGGGAAAGUACAGAAGAUUUUACGCUCAUGAGUAACGUUAGCACCACAGAUUAACCCUAGAAAGAGGGAAACAAGUAAUCUAUCUCUUUCUAAUUAUUGUUAUUUGGUCAUAGAGGGGUCAGGAGUUCAAUUGUCAGGUCUGAUGGAAGACGACGAUGGUCUUCUGAGCACAGGGUUUCACUGUGGACAUUAGACCCAUGAGCCAAAUGUCAGAUGUCCAAGUGUCAAAGUUGAAGGGGUCAGAGGUCAGGGCAGGGACUGGAUGAUGAUGAUCUUCUCAUUGAUACAGAAGCGGUGGAGGACAGUAUACAGGUUCUCCGUGCAGAGUGACACCUGUCUCUCCACGGCCAGACGGAAGUUCUCAUUCACCCCCUUAGUGAUGCCACGCGUCACUGUAUGGUGCCUACAGGGCAGAGGAACACAGACAAUGGGUGUGUAUGAGAAAGCACCCCUUUCUAACGUUUUCUUCACAUUAAUCAUUUUAUAAAUCAGACACUGUUUAUUUUUGUCCAAACCUCUAUAGCAACAGGUGAGAAAACACACAUUUAUCAAUGAGAAAACUGUGAGAAAACACAAAUGUAUCAAUGAUAAAAAUACAAUUUCACAACAUCAAGGAAACAACUUUUCCUCACAUACAGUCUUCAUAGUUUUGAAAUUGAAUGAGAGUAUCAGGUAUCUACCAAGAAGGCAACAUUUUGACGGGAAGAUUCAACAACGUCAAAAGCAAUAACACAUAGUCAAACAUGAAUGUUCACAAAUGCAAUGACAACUAGAGAUAACAUUUUUGAUCGAAAUAGACUUCAAAAACAUCAGUAACGGCCACAUAAAUGGAUGCAAUGGGUCAAACACUUUCGUGAAAAUAAAACACAACAAGGACUCAAUGAAAACGGCAGACAAAACAUUUCAGUGAGGUUUGGGCCUGAGGGAUGGAGAGUGUUUGACAUAGGGGUGGUGGGCAGGGGUGCCUGUCGGUCGUCUGCACCCCAGGUAGCAGCAGGGUGUUUACCGCCCCACCCAGAGCGGGACUAGGGUUCCUGAGGACAGUAAACACCAACAUUUAUCAACUCACGCUCUGGGUUAAAAGUUAGGAUCUGGUGUAGUCAAGAACCUCAAACAAAGUUUUUUCAAUAUUGGAUAGACGGCGCGUUGUACUGCUAACCCUUUUUCAACAUAAUGCUUCACAGCUGAGCUGCUAUUCGCUACCUGUAUGUGAACAUGACUGUGUACAAUAUAUAUAAACAUAAGCCAGUAGGAGGUGCUUACUUGAUUAGCAUUCCCUUAUUGGGCAGUAGCUGGACACGCCCCCCUCUGUAGUGGCAGGUCUGCAAACUCCUCCAGCAUAUCAAUAUUUGCAGGAACAAAUGAGUUAAAGGGAACAAACAGAGAGAGAGAGAGAGAAAAGAAGAGAGCUAAAAUUACGCAAGAUUUUAGUUCUGGGUUAAUCAAGAUUAUUUUAGAUAUAAUGUAUGAGAAGGAUACUGGUGAUGUAGCCGAAAAAGUUAUCAUACUGGAAGUUGCCCUGCUGACAGAUCUUAUCAAUCACUCAGGAACAGCGACUCUCCCUGAAAAAUGAUGAAAGUGUUUUUGUUAAGAUAGGGAUGUGAUUUGAGAAGCUAUAAGAGAAAAGAGUUUUUUUAAAUAACUUUGCACAGUGAGUAGUCACCGCCCUGAGUGAGGUCAGAGAGUGUCAGCCUGCCGGAACCUCCCUUUUCCUGCUAACUGUAUAAAUGAUGGGUUAAGAAAUUAACAUACCAGACCAGAAAGAUGUGCAGCUGCACGUUUAAAGUGGUUUGAACUUUGAAUCUCAACACCAGGUAUAGUCGAUAAACUCCCCUCCCGGACAAUCACUAGUACGGCUGAUUAGCUGUCCUAAGUAAAGUAUCUUCGAAAGUGAAUUUACGUAGGACCAUUCUGUCACUCUGCUCAAACCAUCGUAUUAUGCUAUUCUCAUCACCCCACUGGGGAACCAUCGACACGGCUGGCUAGUCUAUCUUCAAAGAAGCAUCUUCAAGAGUGAAUCGGAGGAAAGUCAACUGUAGUUCUGUUCAGGACUACACAACAAGUCACCGGGUACUGGACAACUACAGAGGACAACAGUAGAAGACUUGUCGGAACCAUUUCGGACAAUCAGAGCCUUACAAGCGUGCCACCAAAAGGCCCAACUCCCUUUCCAAGGCUGCCUUGUUCACGAGAGAGAUCCCUGGCGAACCCAGGCAUUUCACGUAAAUACAUUCAUGAUUUCUAGACAUUCAUGCAAAGUAUAUGGUUACUGUAGGUGAGAGAUGUUUCUGAAUGUACCAAUGUUAAGUGUCUCUGUCCCUCUCUCUCCCUCUCCAUCUCUUCUUUAACAAGCAGCUAUGUUGUUGUCAUUCCGCUAGGGACCUGUUUUUAGCGUAUUAAGUCUCCAGUCAAUAACCGAUGCAUGUAUGUUUAUCCUGUUUUCCCAUUUAAUUAGCUAGUAAUAAAUAAUUAAACCAA